CAAAACAAUCUAUCAACGGGCCGGUCGGUCAUAUAGGUACCCUGCGUCUAGCACUUAAAAGCCCUACCAUGUUUGCGAAGCAGUAUUAGUUCGCGAUUAGCCACCGGCAGAAGCAAACACGUUUUCAAGUGAAUCAGAGAAAGUACAGUAGAAAUGGUGAUUGUUCGGUUCUUUAGUGCGGUCGAUGAUGACCAGCGGCAAAGGAUUCUGCAUAGAUUCCAAAAGGUCAAUGCGCACGUAAUCAAUCUACGAGUGGAGAAGUGUUAUCACGUACAGAACUCCAAGUACAGCGAGUUCCCCCGCGAUGUCGAGAAGCUGUUGCGAUGGAUUUUGAAGGGACCUCAACAAGAGGACAACCUUUCGGGUACUUCCGCACUGGAAAAGGAAAAGGAUAAUGAGCAGCUGAUCGAAAUCGGUCCAAGGUUCAAUUUCUCUACCGCUGAUUCGACCAACAGCGUUAGCAUUUGUCACAAUGUUGGCUUGCGAUUCAUCGAUCGCAUCGAGGCGUCCUACCGGUACCUGAUCAGCUUCGAUUCGAGCCGUUUUUCGGAGAAGGACCUUUCGCCUCUGAUGGAUAUCGUUUGCGAUCGCAUGACCCAAUGCAGGUACACCAAAGCCAACUUGCCGCAGAAGGAUUUCUAUGAAAGCUUUGUGCUGUCGGACGAGAAGUGGUACACUGUUCCGGUUAUUGAACGAGGUGUGGAGGCACUCAAGGAAGUGGAUAAAAAAUUAGGUCUCGCAUUUGACGACUGGGAUUUUCAGUACUACACCAAUCUUUUCCGUGAUGUUCUGAAGAGGAACCCAACGAACGUGGAACUUUUCGAUUGUGCCCAGUGCAACAGUGAACACUCGCGCCACUGGUUUUUCAAAGGCAAAAUGAUCGUCGAUGGAGUUGAAGAGAAAAAAUCACUGAUCGAUAUGAUUAUCGACACGCAAAAGUUUUCCAAUCCGAACAAUACGGUGAAGUUCAGCGACAACAGCAGCGCCAUCAAAGGCUUCACGCAUCAAAUUCUGACGGCAAGCACCCAUGCCGAACCAGGUCCAUUGGAGGUCAAGCCAAUAAGUUCGGAUCUUAUAUUCACGGCCGAAACCCACAACAUGCCAACAGCGCUAUCUCCGUUCAGCGGGGCUACUACAGGGACCGGAGGCCGCCUUCGCGAUGUCCAAAGUAUAGGACGUGGUGGAUUACCGAUCUGUGGCACCGUCGGCUACUGCGUGGGAAUGCUGAACAUCCCCGGUUACGAGCUGCCCUAUGAGAAGCAACUUGAGUAUCCUCCAUCCUUUUCAAAGCCUCUGAAAAUCCUAAUUGAAGCCAGUAAUGGUGCGUCGGACUAUGGUAACAAGUUUGGGGAACCUGUCGUGUCUGGUUUCACGAUAUCGUUCGGAAUGGUAACCAACGACAAUGAACGGUUGGAAUAUGUGAAGCCCAUUCUGUUCAGCGGCGGAAUCGGAACGAUGGACUCGAAGCUAAUCAACAAAAUUGAUCCGGAACCAGGUAUGCUGCUAACGAAGCUUGGCGGUCCAGUAUACCGCAUUGGAGUCGGUGGUGGCGCUGCAAGUUCAGUGGAAAUCCAAGGAGAUAACGACAGCGAACUGGACUUCAACGCCGUUCAGCGUGGUGACGCUGAAAUGGAGAAUAAACUGAAUCGCGUAGUGCGAGCUUGCAUCGAAAUGGGCGAUAGUAAUCCAAUUCUAGCCAUCCAUGACCAGGGUGCCGGCGGAAAUGGAAACGUCCUGAAAGAGUUGGUCGAGCCCGGUUGUGCCGGUGCUGUAAUAUUCUCUAAGGAGUUCACGUUGGGAGAUCCCACGAUCACGAUCAUGGAACUUUGGGGAGCAGAGUACCAGGAAAAUAAUGCCGUGUUGAUUGCUCCAGAGCAUAGACAGCUACUGUUGGAUAUCUGUGAACGAGAGAGAUGUCCAAUCAGCUUCGUCGGAUAUGUCACCGGAAACGGUUAUGUGACUCUUGUGGAUGAGAAGUUUGAUUCUAGUAAGUACUCCAAAAGAGACAACCCGAAAAACUUCGUUGAUCUACCAUUCGAUAUGCACUUGGAUAACGUCUUGGGUAAAAUGCCACGAAAGGAGUUCAAGUUGCAACGAAAGCCAAUGAAACUCAAUGACAUAAAUGUGAGCAAUAUCAACUUGACGGAUGCAUUGAACCGCGUGUUGUCUACCAUAACCGUAGGAAGCAAACGUUAUCUGACGAAUAAAGUCGAUCGUUGCGUUACUGGUCUGAUUGCACAGCAGCAAUGCGUUGGACCGCUCCACACGCCCCUUGCAGACUAUUCAAUCUGUGCAGUGUCUCAUUUCGGAUUUGAAGGAAUCGCUUCGUCAAUCGGAACACAACCCAUCAAAGGUAUUUUGAAUAGCGCAGCUGGAGCUCGCAUGUCGGUGGCUGAGGCGGUAUCGAAUUUGGUAUUCGCGGGAAUCUCACAGCUAGCCGAUGUGAAAUGCUCCGGCAAUUGGAUGUGGGCUGCAAAGCUCAACGGCGAAGGUGCUAAGUUGGUAGAUGCAUGCAAGGCCAUGUGCGACAUUAUGGCAAAGUUGCAUAUAGCGGUUGAUGGCGGCAAAGACUCUCUUUCCAUGGCAGCACGUGUUAAUACAGAAACUGUUAAAAGCCCCGGAACACUUGUAAUUUCCGCGUACGCUCCUUGCCCGGAUAUUCGGGUGAAAGUAACUCCAGAUUUGAAGGCUGCGUCUUUGGGAGUGGAAACUUCACUGCUAUUUGUAUCCAUUGAAACUAAGUUCAGGCUUGGUGGUUCCGUGUUUGCUCAGUGUUACGGACAUCUCGGCAUGCAUUCACCGGAUGUCCAACAAGCCGAGACUCUAGUGCAAGCAUUCAACGUCACACAAAAACUGUUGAAAGCUGGAACACUUCUAUCUGGCCAUGAUGUCAGCGAUGGUGGUCUAUUGACAUGCGUUUUGGAAAUGGCUUUCGCUGGACUGACAGGCAUCAAACUGGAUCUAACGGAAGUAUACAAGAAAUUUGGCAAGCAUUUUGAAACACUAGAUGAAGCUGCCAAACACAUCUGUUUCGCAGAAGAGUGUGGCUGGGUUCUUGAGGUAGAUACUAAGAACGUUUCCAAUGUGUUGGACGCCUAUCGAUCGACAGGAGUGCCGUGCAUUGCCAUUGGCCAUGCAUACAAAACUGACAUCCACGGAAGCGACUCAGCCUCGGUUAUCAUGAAUGGAUCUCAAGUAGUUAAAGCCAGCAUCAUCAAUCUGUUCAAGCAGUGGGAGCGAACUAGUUUCGAGAUCGAAAAGCUUCAAGCCGAUGAAACGUGCGCUGUGCAAGAGUACGAAACGUUCGACUACAGGACCGGGCCAACCUACAAAUGCAGCAUCAAUCCUGAUGUGCUUUACGCUUCCAAAGCCAUCAGUUCUCAACCGAAAGUGGCUGUGAUACGCGAGGAGGGCACUAAUGGCGACCGUGAAAUGUGCGCCGCUCUAUACGAGGCUAAUUUCGAAGUGCACGACGUUACGAUGAGUGAUCUGUUGACUGGAAAAACAUGUCUGGACAACUACCGUGGUGUUAUUUUCCCGGGAGGAUUCAGCUACGCCGAUACUCUUGGUUCUGCUAAAGGCUGGGCCGCAUGCAUUCUCUACAGUGACGUGCUGUCGCCGCAGUUCAAACACUUCAAGACCCGCAGCGAUACGUUCUCGCUCGGCGUAUGCAACGGCUGCCAACUGAUGGGAUUAAUCGGCUGGGUAUCUUUGGAGGAGCAAUCCAAUAGCACCGACGUUCCGGAUGUGGCACUUUUGCCGAACAAGUCGAACAGAUUCGAAUGUCGCUGGAGUACGUUGAAAAUCGGCGAAAGUAACUCCAUUAUGCUGCGCAAGCUGAAGGGCAGUGUUCUGGGCUGUUGGGUUGCUCACGGCGAAGGCCGCUUCUCGUUCAAAUCCGAACCGGUUCUGGACAAACUGAAGAAAAAUAACUGCAUUGCAAUGCAAUACGUAAACGAUCAGGCUGAACCCACCGAAGUCUAUCCGAUGAACCCCAAUGGUAGCGUUGAAGGUAUUGCUGGAGUUUGUUCGCUUGAUGGGCGCCACUUGGCUGUUAUGCCACAUCCCGAACGGUGCGCUAAAAUGUGGCAAUGGCCGUACGUUUCGGAAGGAUUCGAUUUCCAGGUUUCCCCUUGGCAUUCCAUGUUUGCCGAAGCUUACAACUGGUGUGUGGAAAAGUGAUUUUUGUGAAUGUCAUUAUGUCUGUAACAUAAAGCUAUCAAUAAACUUUACAAUUUGCUCUUACUA